ACAGGCGCAGCACGAGACUUUGUAUCUUUUGUAGGCGUUGGGCGUGGCAUGCGUCCACCCUGCGCAUAGAAUCACAAAACAACGAGCGCUGCAUGUUCGCAUUGUUUCCCAGCAAAGCUACACAGUCAUUACAGCUUCAGUACUUGUUGCCAUUCGCAUUUCUAGGCUAGCGGGCUGACCACCCACCCAUCAGCCUGUUUGCGUCGGAACGCCAUGACGUCUUCCGAGGCGGAGCCCGCGCCGGCGACCGCUGCAUCGGCGUCCCCGGCGGCUGCCGACGCCUCGGGAUCGAGCGCGGGGGCGAGCGGCGCUGCGGCGACGCCGGCCGCAGGCGGGCCCCACGGCGUCGUGGACUAUGAGGCGCUGUAUGAGCAGAUAAAGGACAAGCCCUGUCACGUGGUACAGAUCAACCAGCGCAAAGACGGCUUCAACGGUGGCACCUUCCGCACGCGCGCCUCGCUGAUAGAGCGCGAGCUGGAGCCCAUCUACAAGGCGGAGACGCUGGCGGAGGUGCACGAGGAGAUGGAGGCGGCGGGCAAGCGGUUGCGGCAGCUGGGCGUGUUCACGGGGGUCAGCAUGCUGGCACACGAGGAGCCGCUGGACGACCCCACCGCCUGCACGGUGGAGCUGGCGGUGGAGGAGUCCAACUGGUUCAAGCUGCGUGCCGCCACCUACGUGCAGGGCGGCGAGUCCACCUUCGAGCUGGGCGCGGGCCUGACCAACGCCAGCGGGCGGGCCGAGGCUCUGAGCGCCAAUGUGGAGUACGGCAUGGAGAACAGCCACACCGCCAGCGUGGCCUUCAAGCAGCCGCGAGUGGGAGGGCUGCCGGCCACGCUGGAGCUGCGCGGCUCCCAGCUGUUCCGCAACAACCAGAAGUCGUCCUCCUACACGGAGCAGCUGCGGGGGGCGGUGGUGGCGCUCAGGAGCAUGGACGGCAGCCAGGGCCUGGAGUACGAGCUGGGCUGGCGGCGGCUGCUGGACCCCUCCCGCUCCGCCUCGCGCGCAGUCAUGGGGCAGAUGGGCGACUACCUGCUGUCCGCGCUGCGCUACACCGCCACACUGGACCGCCGCCAGCCGGGCGCGGGCGGCGCGGCGGCCACCCUGGGCGGCGCGGGCUGGGCGGUGCGCGCCACCACAGAGCUGGCGGGCCUGCUGCCCCCCUCGGCGGCGGGGGCGGGCGCGGGGGCCGGUGUGGGCGUGGGCGGAGGCGGCAGUGGGCCGAGCAGCGAGCUGCGCUACGUGCGGCAGCAGGUGGACGCGGUGGCCAAUGUGCCCAUGGAGGAGACCGGGGCGGUGGUGUUCAGCGUGGGAGCCAGCGCGGGCCUGCUGCUGCCGUGGGGGCCCGAGGGCGGCCUGACGCGGCCCACCUGCAUCGCCGACCGCUUCUUCCUGGGCGGGCCCUCCUCGCUGCGUGGCUUCAAGUACAAGGGUGUGGGCCCCACGGACGUGCGGCGGCCGCCAGAGGGCCGAGCCGCCGCCGCCGCCGACUCGGCCUCCGCGGCGCCGCGCCGGGACGCGUUGGGCGGAGACGCCUACACGUCCAUCUUCGCCUCGCUCAUGUUCCAGCUGCCCCACCCCGCGCUCAAGCUGCUGCGGCUGCACGGCCACGCCUUCGUCAACGGCGGCAACGUCAUUCAGCUGGCGGGCACGGGCCGCUCGCCCUCUGAGCUGCUGUCGGAGUUCGGCAGCAGCUGGCGCUGGAGCUGCGGCACCGGGCUGGUGCUGCCCACGCCCUUCGGCCGCUUCGAGGCCAACUACUGCGUGCUGCUCAGCAGCCAGGAGCACGACCGGGUCAAGCGCGGGCUGCAGCUGGGCUUCGCGGCCAGCAGCGUGGCGUGAUGCGGGGGGGGAUGGCGGCGGCGGAGGGGUGGCAGCGGCCUGGCGUGGGUGGGGGGGUAUGCAGGCACGUGGUGAGUGGGGUUCUAGGCAGGUAGAGGGAAGUUGCACGGGGCGUUGCGGGGAUGGGGAAGGAUCCAUGACCUCGCAGGCUUGAUGCUGGCAGUGCGGGGUUGAUGGCAGGUGGUGCUUUUGAGCGGAGUGGUUGGAGUAAGGUGCACGGGUGCCGUGGUGGGUGCUUGGCACCGGUGUUAGUAAGCGGAAUUGAGGGCUAAGGCCAAUGGUAAGUUAGCCGAUGGCGGCGGGUCGACCGGACAAAACGUAAGCAGAGAUUUAUGGUGUGCCUGCUAGAAUGGUUCCUCGCCUUGAGCUUGCCUAGCGCUGGGCAAGAGGACAGGCUGUGACGAAAGGUAGGUUCGCUUCGGUCGCGCCGCGGCCAAGUGGGCGCAGGUUUUGCAGGUUUACACGUUUCGAGUACUGAAUGUUACCGUAAUACCGCAAGUCGGGCAGGCUCAUGCGGAAGUGCAUGUGGGGACGUGCACAAUCACAGGCGUGCUUGCCUGUAAACGUGUUUGGCCCACGGACCACGGUGUGCGAGCAAUGGAAGGCGAUGUGCUGAUGUGGUACAGCGGCAUCGUUGGGUUACGGGGACAGUAGCAACAGCACAGCGGCGUUGCGCACUUGCGCUGGACUGCGUCAGGCAGCCCCGCCAAUCCGCAAUGCAUGUGCGAUGGGACAGGGUUACGGCAGGUUGGUGUGUGAUGGGACACGUAGGGUGCAGCUGAACCCGCAAUGCAGUUGGUGCCGCUGUGUCAGAGUAGGCAGAGACGGCGACGGCUGUGCUUGGGCGGCCUCUUGGUGGUCUUUCUGAGGAGGUUCAGUG